GUGGUCGCCCGUGUACUCGACAGCCAGAAGCUUCGGCGGCUUGUAGACGCCCUUGGCAGCCACCUCACCCUCUCCCUCUCCCUCUUCCUCAGGCACCUCCCCUUCGCCCUCCUGCUCAUCGCUCUGCUCCAUUUGGUCGUCGUCGGCUUCAUUUGGGUUCAUCAGCUGGUCCAACCGGGGCCUCAGCGGCUGCGCAGCCUCACUGGCCGCCUCUGACAUGCACACACACGCGCGUGUGAGUGGACCGAUUUCGUUGUUGCAUGUGGGGUGCAUUGUCUGUGGGUGAGUCGAGUCACCUUGGAUUGGUUUGGCGGCCAUGUCGAGCAGUCUGUUGACCUGGUAGGCCAGGCGCUGGUCGAUGGGGCGCAUCUUCUCCAUCAGAGUGCGCAGCAGCACCAGCUCGUCGACCACGGGGUGGGGGCUGACCGACGCACUCUUCACCUGAACCACAUCAAUCGGAAAACGUGUGAGAAUGUGUGUGUGUGUGCGUGAUAUGGAUGGAUGGCUGACCUUGAGCAGCGUGUAGUACGUGAGGUAGAUGGUGUAGGUCAGCAACAGCUGCGCCUUGACGUCGAGAUACGAGAUGCCCUGACACACACACACACAGCAGGUCUAUAUGCCUCUGCCUCUGCCUCGCCCAUCCCUCUCCUCGCUCGCCCACCUUGUCCACAUGAAUGCUGGUCCCAUCAAUCGUCUCGUUGAGCGACUCAAGCUUCUUCCGCAGACUCUCAGCCUUCCCCCUCAGCUGGCCAAGCGCACUCAACACUCCCUCAUCAGCCACAUCCUCGCCAUCCACACGCAGCAGCUCAUCCCUGCUGCUGCCCUCACGUCGAGACGAGCGGGAUGUGCCAUCUGGCGGGGCAGCGAAGCGGCGGAGCGCCUCAUAGUCCACGAGCGGGUCCUCGACAGCAUCUCUCUCGGUGUCCGCGUGAUGAUCUCCAUUCAUCAGCUCGGUUUGCGAGUUCAGGGCGUUGGCAAGGUCUCGUAGUCGCCUUAGGCGCUCGCUGGUCGGAGGCCUCAU